GAAACAACAUGGAGCGGCAUUUCGCAGUUGGCACAGAACACGAUGGUGCACAACCGCAACAGGCCAGGCAAAGGCAAGGUAAAGGUGAAGCGCAACUUGAAACCCAUUCGCAAGUACAAGACCAAGUUUGUCGGCGAUGCCAAGAUCAAGGUACGUUGGUCUCGAGGAUAUGUGGGUGUACGGAGGCCAUGACGUCGCGCAGGAAGUGUGGGACCACAAGCUCACGACAGCGCAAAACUACGACAAGAUUGGGCUGUGGAAGGAUCCGAACGCGAUUAAACACAUUCGUGAAUGCACGGACGAAGUGAUUGACCCCGACGAGCUGUUUGACGUGCCCGACAGUGACGUGUUGUCAUUUCAAGACAAGAACCACAAAAAGGCUGAAAAUCACAUGUCCGAACUGGAAAUCCAAUACCUGCGCCCGUUGGUCAAGAAACACGGCGACGACUAUGACGCCAUGGCGCGCGAUAUCAAGGUCAACAACGAGCAAUGGACCGUCGCCAAGUUGAAGCGUCGGUGUGCGCGAUUGAAACUCGUCGAUGCCAACAUCAUCAAGCAAUAAACGUAUCCUUUCAUCA